AUGAACCCGGAUAUAACUAAAUAUCGCUUGUCGAGAUCAGUCGGCCAGCAGUUGGCUUCGACCACAGGCAGCUCCGUUCCGGCUGAGACGCAGGUAAUCGUCCUCCCCAAGGACUACUCGCCUCUGUCCAAGCUGCAGCAGCUGGAGUCUUUGUGCAACUUCUGCCUGCACCACCCUCCCCACAGCCUGCCUCCCUCCAUCAGUCUUGCCUCGGGCACUCAGUCGGGCAACGACGAACAAGACGGGAGCUUUCCUAGGCGUCGCAGCCAGACCUCGCAUGCCGCCGACAUGUACCUGCUGGGCUGCCUGCUCGUCGAAAUGUCUAUUUUCUCGCCAACUUCACCACAUUCCUCGAGAGAUCUUGCCGAGCGAUACACCCACGCUCUGCAGGUGCUCAAGAUUCAGCCCUCGAAGCUGCCUAGGUCUCUUCACAAUGCGGUCCAAGUUCUGCUCCAGACGGAGAAACCGGUCGCCAUUCCGGCGAUCAAGGGAAAGGAGCCAGCAAUCGGCCGUGUCGAGUGGCGUUACCCCUGCGUCUGCGACGGCGGGUUGCCUCCUCCGUCUGCUCACCAGCUACUUCAGCCGUUGCUGUCGACCGUCCCGUUUCCGACCUACUAUCCAGCUCUCUACGACUUCCUCACCAAGCUGGAUGCGCAGCCGACAGCGCCUGAGAAGGUUUACUUCGUGGCCCGCGAGCUGCCCCGCUACUCACUCAGCUGA